AUGCCUUCCUCCAACCCCCUUUCCCUCCCCGAACCAAUCUACACCCUCCUAACAACCCUCCACGGCAAAUCCCUCGCCCAAGAAGCCGCCCUACCACCCGAUACAUUCCUCAUGAGCCACCAAUCCAAACCCUCCUUCGACGCCCUAAUGGCCGAUAAAUUCAUCGCCCUGGACCAGGAUAAAUGCGAGUUCGUGUAUCAGGUUCUCCGCGCUAGCGGAGCUACCACGGUCGUCGAAGCGGGGACUAGUUUCGGUGUGAGCACGAUCUAUCUGGCGCUGGGGGUUUGGGCGAAUGUGAAAGCGAGGGAUGGUGGAUCUGAAGGAAAACCGAGGACUGGGAAGGUGAUUGCUACCGAGAAAGAACCGGCUAAGGCAGCUCUGGCGAGACAGUAUUGGGCGCAAGCGGGGAGAGAGGUCGAGGGGGUGAUUGAUUUGAGGGAAGGAGAUUUGAGAGAGACGUUGGUGGGGAAGCUAGGGGAUGGUGAGGAGGGGGUUGGGUUUUUGUUGCUGGAUAUAUGGACACCUAUGGCCCUCCCGGCUCUCAAGGCUGUUCAGGAUAAGUUGAGACCUGGGGCUGUUAUUAUCGCGGAUAAUACGGUAAUUGCGAAGGACGGAUAUAAGGAGUUGUUUGAGUAUGUGGAUCAAGAGGGGAGUUCCUUCAAGAGGGUUACUUUGCCGUUCAAAGGGGGGAUGGACAUGAUUGUUUAUAAGUAA